GUUCUCACUUCGGUCAUACAAAAAUAAAGCCGCAUUUUUGCGUAAAAUACGGAAGAUGGCUAUCGUGGAUUAUAGUUGAUUUUUAAAAAGAAUUAUUUUAAAAUUAGGCGCCAUUUGUGCUUUUAUUUGUAAAUCAUGCGAAUAAACGAAAUACUUAGGUAGCCUAUAGCACGAUAUAAGAAAGAGAAGCUCUUCUAUCCAUUCCGUGUGUUGUGACGGCCGCUCGUUCUGUCUUUCGUUACUGAAUAGUGGGAUUUGUAUCCAGAUGGACUGAGUGAUCUAAUAAAGUAGGACCAAAGUGUGUAAAGACGACGGCCACUUCCCUGCGAGACACUGCGAUGGCACACAGGCCCAGCCGGCGACAGACUGCACCACACACGCUGGAAUUCAGUGGCCACCCAGACGCGGACCCGGACUCGGGAGUUGAGGAGGAUGACGGUGACGAGGGUGGUGGUCACCAUGAAACCCCACCCAAGGCUUGGAGUCAGAAAGAAGACUCCACCAUCUUCAUCGCCUUCAAGGGGAACAUGGACGAUGAGGACUUCCAGGAAAAACUGGACAGCAUCCUACACAGCAUGCCAGGCCUCCUGCAUCUGGGCCUGGAGAGACUGCAGCCUCGACAUGUAGAGCCCUGGAACAGCGUCCGCAUCACAUUUAACAUCCCGCGCGACGCCGCUGACCGCCUGCGCCUCCUGGCACAGAACAACCACCAACAACUACGCGACCUGGGCAUCCUGUCUGUGCAGAUAGAGGGGGAGGGCGCUAUAAAUGUCGCAGUGAACAGAGGUCAAGAGGUGCGGCCCAAUGGCCCAGUUGGGGCUGGCAGUCAGAUGCGAAUGGAGGCUGGGUUUCCCAUGCAGCAGGGUCCUGGAGGCUUACGGAUGAACAACCCCUCCAUGAUGAUGGGUGCUUCUGGCCCAGGUAUGCCUCCCCAAGGCAUGGUACCUGGGGUUAGUGGACAGAUGCAGACAAGACCCCCUCGAGCCCCUUCCCACGCAGAUUCUAUGGACCCAAUGCUGUCAGGUCUACAGCAGCACCAGCAGCCUCCAUUGCCAACCCAGCAGACGCCCCAUGGCCCAGUGCCCAUGCCUCCCCAGGGACACCCCAUGCAGGCUGCCCGCCAGCUGAACCCCACGGCCCUGCAGCAGCAGCACCACCAGGCCCAGCUGGGAGCUCCCCGUGGUCCUUUUCAUGCCUCCGGCCAAACUCCUGUCCCUACUGGCUGGAACCAGCUCCCAUCAGGUGUCCUGCAGGCUCCGCCCACCCAAGGGCAUGCCUGGCGUAAAGGCCCCAUGGGAGGGGUGACGCGCCCGUCCUUGCCGCAGAUGCCCAGCCACCCACCACCACCAUACCCCUUUGGGAGCCAGCAAGCCGUCCAGGCCUUUGGCCCACCGGGGCAGCAGCAGGCCCAGCCGCCGGGCCAGUUCGCAGCUCCCCAGCCUAAGCCCCCACCAGGAGGGACCCCGGGCAUGGCUGUGCCAAGGGGCCCACCGCCGUCCCCUUUGCCGCCCUCCUCUGCUCCACAGGUCCACCUAGCAGGCCGGUCCCCGGGGUCCUCACCCUCGCCAUUCCAGCACGGCUCCCCUGGAACCCCUCCGACCCCGGGCCAGAACCAGGUCCAGAUGGGCCCACGCCCACCCACCCCGCAGGGCGGCUUCCCUCAAGCAGUUGGCUCUCCUGGCAGAGCUGCACUGGGGCAGCAAGUCAAGAUGCAGCCUGGUUUUAUGGGCAUGACUCAGCAGGGGGCCCAGGGCCUGCAGGGGGCCCAGCCUGGCAUGGGAGGCAUGCCGAAACGGAUGCCAGGAAGCUUCCCAAAUGCACAAGGUGCCCAGAACUUCAUCCAGGGACAGCCGACGGCCGGUGUGACAGGCACGCCCGUGCCUAGCAGCAGCCCGCAGGUGCAAGGGGGCCACAGCAUGCCGCACGUGGGAGCACAGAUGACUUCGCCAGCUGUGAGCCAUAUGCAGACAGGUCCCCAGGGCAAUAUGAUGGCUCUCCAGCCCCCACAGGCCACCCAGGCUCAGGGCAUGGGCAUGCAACAUCAGCCCGUCUCCUCCAGCUCCUCCACUGCCACCUCUUCGCUGGGGCAGGUGGUUCAGGGCCAGACUGGAGGACCAGCUGUGACCCCCAGGCCCCAGCUUGGGGGCCAGGCACAGAUGGUGCUGGGAGCUCAGUCCCCCAGCAUGGGCCCACAUAGGGGCAUGACUCCCCCCAGGCAGGUGGCACCGCAGCAGGGCCAGGUGGUCAGUGGCCAGGUAAUCCUGCUGCAGCAGAAUGCGAAUGCCAUGAUGGAGCAGAUAGCAUCUGGGCAGAUGCAGGGAAACAAGCAAAGCUUCGGGGUGAAGGGGCAGCCGGGGGCCAUGCAAGGUCAAAUGAUGCGCGGCCCAGCACCCAACAUGCAGGCCAACCCAGCCAUGUUCCAGGGACAGAUUGUCCAGCAGCCGCAGCAGCCGCAGUCUCAGCAGGUCCCGUCCAACGGGGGACCUGCCCAGACCAUGGCCCUGCAUGGGCCGCAGAUGCGACUUCCAGGAGGCCACCAUAUGGUGCAGCAACAGCAGCAACAGCUUCAUCAGCUACAGCAGCUUCAACAGCUUCAGCAGCAAAAACAACAGCAGCAGCCGCAGCUGAUGACACCGCAGCAGCCGCAGCACGGGGAUGCCAGUGGCAGUGCGAGCGACAUGCCUCUGCAGCAGAUGGUGCCAGAGAUGCAAGCCCAGGCACAGCAACCACCGCCGCCGCCUCCACAGCAGGCCGGCAUGGCUGUGGGCAUGCCCCCCGUCAGCAGCCACUUCCCCGCGACUCACGGACUACCUUUCAACCCCCAAUUUGCCGGCCAGAUGACGAUGGGUGGCCAGUGUGGGCAAGCUGCCGGCUUCCCUGGAAACAAAGAUGUGACCCUCACCAGCCCCCUGCUGGUCAACCUACUUCAGAGCGAUAUCUCUGCCAGUCAGUUUGGGCCCGGAGGGAAGCAGGCUGGUGCCGCCCCGGCUAAGCCCAAGAAGAAGAAACCCCCGCGUAAGAAGAAGGGUGGUACCGCUGGAGGAGCGGCAGGGCAGUCGGCCGAGGAAGCUCCUGGGGGUAUGCCUGAGAUUCGGGCCCAAGGGAUGGAGGAGCUUGAGGGCCAAAGUGGCGGCACUGAGCAGGGGUCUAGUAUGGACCCCGCUGGCCCCAAACACAUGGAAUUUGGAGGGAGGCCUCAAGGAUUUCCCACGCAACCAGGAGACCAAAGGGCAAUGCAGCAACUUCAGUUCAUGCAGCAACAGCAGCAAAUGCAGCAGCAGCAGCAACAAAUGCAGAGACCAACCCUACCACCAGGCCAGGCAGGGAUGAUACCACAAUCCCAGCAACAGCUACAUCUUCACCAGCUUCAGCAGCAGCAGCAACACCACCACCAACAGCAACACCAGCAGCAUCUGCAGCAACACCAACAACUACCGCAGCAGCAAAUGCAACCGCAGCAAAUGCAACCACACCAACACCAUCAACAACAGCCACCACAAAAUCAGUUACAACAGCAACAACAGAACCAGCUGCAGCAGCAAAAUCAGCUCCAACAGCAGCAGCAGCAGAAUCAGUUACAACAGUUACAGCAGCAAAAUCAGCUGCAGCAGAACCAAUUACAGCAGCUACAGCAGCAGAACCAACUACAGCAACUACAGCAGCAGAACCAGCUGCAACAACAGAACCAACUACUACAGCAACAGCAGCAGAACCAACUACAACAGCUACAACAGCAGCAGAAUCAGAUGCAACAGCAGCAGCAGAACCCGAUGCUACAGCAACAACAGAAUCAGCUACAACAGAACCAGAUGCAACAGAACCAGCUUCAGCAAUUACAGCAGCAGAACCAACUGCAGCAGCAACAGAACCAACUACAGCAACUACAGCAGCAAAAUCAGCUACAGCAAUUACAGCAGCAACAGCAGAACCAGCUACAGCAGCAACAGCAGAACCAGCUACAGCAGCAACAGCAGAACCAGCUACAGCAGAACCAGCUACAACAGUUACAGCAACAGAAUCAGCUGCAACAACUACAGCAGCAACAGAAUCAGCUGCAACAGCAGCAGCAAAUGCAGCAGCAGCAGCAGCAGCAUCACUCACAACAGCAGCAGCAGCAGCAACUGCAGCAGCAACACCAGCUACACCAACAGCAGCACCACCACCAACAGCAACAGCAGCCGCAGCAGCAGCAGCAACAGCAACAGCAGCAGCAGCAGAUGAUGAUGAUGCUCAUGAUGCAGCAGGAACAGGCAAAGAUGAGGAUGGCACAUCCGCAACAAGGAGGCCAUACGCCCAGGGCAGUGCUUAAUCCAGCUGACGUGCAAAGGCCGCCCGUCUCACAGCAGGGCAACAUGCCUGCCAUGAUUAACCUACAGGGCCAUGCUGGAAUCCCACCAUCCCCAGACAAGCCGCGGGCCGUCCCCAUCAUGAUAAACCCCCAACUGGCCGGACCUGCCAGGAGGAUGCCAGUGCCUGUGACUGAAGUUGGGCAAGGCGGCUUGCCACCAACCUCUGAGGAAAUUCCUGCGAUACCUGCCACCCAGAAUCCAUCAGUCCAUGACUCCACACACCCAGCUGGGGGCACCGUGCCACCGGCAAACAUUGGGCAAGGUCCAAUACUGAAGUCUGGACCAUCGCCUGUUCCACAGCACCAAGGCUCAGUUCCACAGCAGCAGCAGCAGCAGCAGCAGUCCCAACAGACGGGCUCUAUGCCAGGCUCACAUGGCCUCCAUUUCCCCAGUGCCCCUACUGCCACAACCCAGAGCUCCAGGCCCAAGACUCCAAACCGAGCUAGCCCUAGGCCCUACCACCACUCACUCGCAUCCUCGAAUCGCCCUCCCAGCACAGAACCCUCUGAGAUUAACCUUUCACCAGAGCGGCUCAAUGCAUCCAUUGCUGGUCUUUUCCCUCCACAAAUUAACAUCCCGCUGCCUCCAAGGCAGCCUAAUAUGACUCGUGUGUUUGAUCAACAAGGCCUCAACCCCACUACCCUGAAAGCCAUUGGACAGGCCCCUCCAAGCCUGACCUCGCCUUCUCCCACUAACAAUGGCAACAAUCAGCAGUCGUUCCUGGCAGGGAGUGCCACAGCCACACCUGGAAAGGCAGAAAGGCUGCCACCUGCAGGGCCCGCAAAGAGAGCCAGUCCAAGCAACAGUCGCCGAUCCAGCCCGGCUUCGAGCCGUAAGACUACCCCCAGCCCCGUGAGGCAGAGGGGAGCUAAAAUCACCCCAGGCUGCCCCCCUCAUUCUCAACCUGCGAUCACUGUCCAGAGCGUAGGCGCUGCCCCGCAUUCGGCACUGCCCAGCCCCAUAGCGAUGGCCCCAGCAGCUCUGGAGCCACAGAGCUCCUUCCACAAUGUCCAUGCAAAGCUUACAGAUGUGAGCAAGGACAUCCCAGUAACCUCCGCGGAGCAACAGCGAGCGGGAGUUCCGCUUCAGAAAGAGCCGACUGCUUUGGCGACCAGGAGCCCCGCUGUGGUGGCGGAGCAGAGGGGAAUCGCCACCGAAGAGAUGGCCAGACAAGAUGUCCCUAUGGCUAACCGGACGCAGCCACACGUAGGUGUGCAGCAGGAGUUGAAGCCAAGCCCUCCCCCUGCUCUCCGGGAAGCUCCGACCUCACUGAGCCAGUUGCUGGACAACUCAGGAGUGCUCAACGUGUCCCAGGAUACUAAGCAGGAGGGCCUAUUAGAAGGCGGCCAGGGGUGGAAAGAAGCAGGCACUCCCUCUGGAGAUAAGGAGAUUCAGAACACGCCCGGUGGCCCUCAGGCCCCCGGCACCAGUGGUCCAACUGUCACAGUUGAGGGAGAGUCCAAACCCAACCCUUUCCCUGCUCCUUCUCUCAUUCCCAAGCUCAACACCACUGUCAGUCCCAGUCUAAAUCCAAGUCCCUGUACUGGUUCUAACCCAGACCCCAUGCCGAACGUGUCUCUGGUGUUGCAGAAGCCACAGUCCUCAUUAUCGACGGCCUCAUCAUCGUCUGGUCCUACAAAUAUCACUGUCUAUGUGACGUCCAACGCGGUUAGCUCCCCUGGCAGCACGAUGCCUCAUGUCAGCCCGGCCCUCGUUUCCACCGUGGUCACCAUGCCCAACAAGAACAUUAAGCCCCUGGAAGCUCGUCUGACGACCACUGCUGCCAUGGCCAAUCCCCGUCCUGCGUCCUUCAUCACGACACCCAUGUUAAUCAACCCCGUUUUUCAAGUCCCUGCUUCUACCGGGGCUCCGACCACCAGCAUCCGGCCUCAAGCUGUCACCAUGAUGGGAUCGAUCCAGAUGCCAGCCAGUAUACAGCUCUCGCCAUCCCCUAAUGUCAGGGCCAUGACCCUGCCGUCCUCCGCCAGCAUGGCCGGUGGCCAGCCCGGUCGCCCAGCACCGCCACAGAUCCAGAUGACUUCUGGCCAAGCCGCCACUGCCACCAUACCCCCCCAGUCAACACGGCAUCCACCCUGUACCCCAAAACAGGAAGUCGGCACCCCUACUGAGGUGUCUGGGGGGCAGCCUUCUCCGCGACCCGGUGCUGUCACCCCGUCCCCCUUCACUCAGCCCCUGUCUUCACCACCACCUUGCUCAAGCCCGGCAGUUUCUCCGGUUUCUGCCACUACCUUUCGGAGGACCCCGCUGUCACCGCCACCGACCAAAUCCAGCCAGUCACCCACAGCCAAGGCUGGUGUGGCUUCCGCAGACAUCACUCAGAAAGCUGAGCCCCCCGAGACUCUGGGCCCCACAAGGGCCCCUGCGGCCCCUGGCUCCGUGCCUUCCCCAGCUCCCCCUGUAGUCAACACUGUCGGGGAAACACACCAACCGGCCGCUAGCCAGCCGAGCCCAGUCGCUCCUCUCCCCUCACCUGUCCCUGCCCAGGCCUCUCCCUCUGCUCCUUGUGCUCCUGCUGCUGCACCCCCGGCUUCCACUCCCCCCACUCUGUCGGGUGGUGCUCCGGCCCCAGCCAUUGCUCCCACUGAGCUCCAGACUCCCCUCAUGGUGAUGGAUGCUGGCCAGCUAGCCUCGGCUGCACAGGCGCCGGAAGCCACCUGCAACCCAGGAGAGCAGCCUGGGAGCCAAGGUAAAGUGCCAGGCUGCAGCGGGGGAGCAGGGGGGUGGAAGGGGGCCCAGGGAAUGACAGUCGAUAUCCAAAGAAAGUGGUAACUUCUUGAUAUUCUCCUGGCAUUGGCUUUACGGACAUGGAAGGCUGUGUUGUGAUUUCACUUUUUUAAAAGUUCUUUAAAAACUGCUAGUGUUGGGGGAUUUUCGGUUAAUUGGUUACAUUCUAUCUGGCAUGAUACAAAUAUCUGCGAUGCCAAUGCUAUUUUAUGCCCUCGCAGGCAUUUCUAUGCAGCGUGUAAGGUACCGCAUGCUUAGCGGCUGUUUCUGUGCAGCCUGUAAGGUACCUCAUGCCUAGCGGCUGUUUCUGUGCAGCCUGUAAGGUACCUCAUGCCUAGCGGCCAUUUCUGUGCAGUCUGUAAGGUACCUCAUGCCUAGUGGCCGUUUCUGUGCAGCCUGUAAGGUACCUCAUGCCUAGCGGCCGUUUUUGUGCAGCCUGUAAGGUACCUCAUGCCAAGCGGCCGUUUCUGUACAGCCUGUAAGGUACCUCAUGCCUAGCGGCCGUUUCUGUGCAGCCUGUAAGGUACCUCAUGCCUAGCGGCCGUUUCUGUGCAGCCUGUAAGGUACCUCAUGCCUAGCGGCCGUUUCUGUGCAGCCUGUAAGGUACCUCAUGCCUAGCGGCCGUUUCUGUGCAGCCUGUAAGGUACCUCAUGCCUAGCGGCCGUUUCUGUGCAGCCUGUAAGGUACCUCAUGCCUAGCGGCCGUUUCUGUGCAGCCUGUAAGGUACCUCAUGCCUAGCGGCCGUUUCUGUGCAGCCUGUAAGGUACCUCAUGCCUAGCGGCCGUUUCUGUGCAGCCUGUAAGGUACCUCAUGCCUAGCGGCCGUUUCUGUGCAGUCUGUAAGGUACCUCAUGCCUAGCGGCCGUUUCUGUGCAGCCUGUAAGGUACCUCAUGCCUAGCGGCCGUUUCUGUGCAGCCUGUAAGGUACCUCAUGCCUAGCGGCCGUUUCUGUGCAGCCUGUAAGGUACCUCAUGCCUAGCGGCCGUUUCUGUGCAGUCUGUAAGGUACCUCAUGCCUAGCGGCCGUUUCUGUGCAGUCUGUAAGGUACCUCAUGCCUAGCGGCCGUUUCUGUGCAGUCUGUAAGGUACCUCAUGCCUAGCGGCCGUUUCUGUGCAGUCUGUAAGGUACCUCAUGCUUAGCGGCCGUUUCUGUGCAGUCUGUAAGGUACCUCAUGCCUGGCGGCUGUUUCUGUGCAGUCUGUAAGGUACCUCAUGCCUAGAGGCCGUUUCUGCACAGCCCCAGCAUACAUCAUGCAGUGCCAGGUCAGCGUCACCACAAUGGACCUGCAGCCUGAUGACAGAGGUGACAUGUGAUUAGUCCACCUUGCUACACAGGAUUAUUCAUUUAGCUGCAUCUCUCUAAUAAAAUUAUCCAAGUCACUGCAAGAAACUGAGGAAAUUAAAAAAUGCAGAAGCAGUUAAUGACUGCCCCUUGUAAUUACCUUAAUCUGAAUGGUUAUGGUUGUUGGUCGUCAUUUCCAGCUUCAGUGUUCUUGUGACUGUCCUUGUGGAUCUCAUACCCUGCUCCCUUCUCCAGUUCCUCAUCACACUCUCAAUGUCCAUGUUCAUGUUCAUGCUUCACAGUACCGGCUCAAAUGGACACACCUGCGACAGAGCAGCCUCCCAUCGGUGCUGCAGAUCAGACGGCGUCAGUGACUGAACAGGGGUGAGACUUCCAGACAUAGAUUAGUGGUUAGGGGAAAUGAGACUGUGUGUGUGUAACAUUGUGGGGAUCAAAUGUUCCCACAAUGUGAUGAAAUUCUGGUGAUCCUGAUGUCGCAAGAACAUUUUUUUUUGUCCCCACAAAGGGAAACUCAAUUUUAUAAAAUCUGUGACUGCAAUCAAAAACCUAAAAGUGCCAAAAAUCUCGUAUUUUGUUAUGCUACUUAUGGUUAAGGUUAACGCUGGGUUAGGGGUGUAGGUUGCCAUGUUGGGAUUAAAGUUCUCCCAUAGAAUGGAGAGUCCCCAUAAAGAUUUCUAUGAAUUCAAACGUACGUGCGCGUGCGAGCCCUGUGAUGGUCUAGCAUCCCGUCCAGGGUGUCUCCCGUUUUGUGUCCCGUGCUGACUGGGGUAGAGCUCCAACAGCCCUGCACCGAAUAGGCACUCAUGGACAAUUGAAGGAUGGGAUUAAAAUAAUGUCCCAUGUAUAGAUUUUUUUUUUUUUUUACAAUUAUUUCAGGCGAAUAACUGGGUCAGCAGUCUACAUUAAAAAAAAAACAGAUUACUAUGUGUAACAUAAUGAAAUAGGCCACUGCUUAUGCUGAGGAUAGUCUGACAAUGUUGAUAAGUGUUGAUUCACUGGUGAUUUUUCACUUCCACAGUGUGAAAAAGAGAGAGACGCCCUCCAGCUUUGUGCCAAGGGAUCCCAAGGCUGGCCCAGAGAAGCAGAAGGGACCCGGUCGGCGGAGCUCACGAGUGGAGAAGGAGCUGGAGGAGGGGCCCGCGGCCUCGCAGGAGGUCCCCGAGAACG